AUGACAUGUGCUCGAUCUAUCCUAAGCCACGACAAGUUCCUGAACAAUGCUGACGGGUACCUUAAACUGCUCCAGCGUACCUACGUCACAGGUUACGAAGGGGGAGUGGCCGACGACGAGGACUGUGGAGAACCCCUGAUCUUGACUCCGUACAUAGAGAAAAAUAAGACUUCCGAAGCUAGGCUCGCUGCAUCUGUGAAUUCUUCCUAUUUUGUGCCUGGAAUCGUUAGCUACGCUGGGUAUCUGACUGUCAACGAAGAAUUUAACAGCAACCUCUUCUUCUGGUACUUUCCCGUAAUGAACAAGCCGGUCAACGAAACGCCGCUAAUACUCUGGCUUCAAGGGGGGCCUGGAUCUUCCUCUAUGUACGGACUGUUUGAGGAAUUAGGUCCUUAUACGGUAACGAAGGAUUUAAAAGUUCAAGCAAAGGAGCACUCUUGGAGUAAGGACCACUCUCUCCUAUUCAUUGACAAUCCAGUGGGGACCGGAUUCAGUUUUACGGACUCCGAUGAUGGAUAUUCAACGAAUCAGACCACGAUUGGCGAGAACCUCUACAAAGCACUGCAGCAGUUCUUCCAAAUAUUCCCCGAGCUCCGGAAGGCGCCGCUCAUCCUCGCCGGGGAGUCGUACGCCGGCAAGCAUGUCCCUUCGUUGGCUAUACAGAUCCAUUGGCAUAAAAACAAAAGUCAACCGAUCAACCUCCAGGGCUUAGCAAUUGGCAACGGUUACGUAGACCCGGUGACGCUUCAGACGUUCAGCUACGUGGCGAAAGAGAUGGGCAUCCUGGACGACGAUAAAGCGAACGAUUUAAGAAAAAUAGAAGAAAACGUAGUCAAGUGUAUCAACGAGCAAAAACUUAACCAAGCCUUUGAAUAUCAGUCGGAUGCGAUGGAAUCGUUGCACAUUAAUACGCUUCUUCCGAAUCCCUACAACAUUUUGAGCAACGAGAUGGAUCUUGGGGGCUGGUAUGUGAUGUUUCUGCAGAAGCCGGAAGUAAGGCGAGCUUUACACGUGGGCAAUAGUACAUUCGAUAACUUCGGCAAAGUGUACCAGAACCUUGUGCCUGACUUCAUGAACAGUGCCAAGGGUUGGCUUGAGGAGUUGCUGGACCAUUAUAGAGUUUUAAUGUACAACGGCCACCUUGACACGGUAGUGGCAUACCAUCCAUCCGUCAACACCUACAAUUCCCUGUCAUUUGCCGACGCCGAUAAAUAUAAAAACUCAAUCCGUGAAGUUUGGAUUGAAGACGACACCGUUGCUGGGUACCACAAGAGAGCCGGCAACUUCUGGGAGGUGAUGGUACGCAACGCAGGCCACAUGGUGCCCAUAGACCGACCGGCGGAGGCUCUGAAACUUAUCUCGGCCUUUGCUCUCGAUCUGCCAUUGACUACGUAUCCUUUAAAUUAG